UCACUGCGGUGCGGAGAACUUUACUAACGGUUAAAAAUGUGGCGAUUUGUUAUAAUAAUACUGUUUUUAUUAUGGCGGCGGAUGUGGACGUACAAUUUGACGAUGUGUUUUAUAUGGGAAGAUGAUUCCUUCUUCUCCAGUUUUAACCGCUCGGCGGCGGUGGUCGACAUUGGAAUACAGCACGCUAAUGAUGCUAUCUUGCCGGAGGAAUUACGCGUCCGUACUGUGUAUCACAGUUCGGGCUUGUCGUGUGGGAAGACCAUGUACGCGGUCGUGUCAAAGGUUUAUGAUAUGCUUAAUUCGGGGGUUAAAUGCAACGCUUUCCUUGGACCAAGCUGCCCGCACACCGCCGCAGCCCUAUACGGUUUCGCCGAGAAUCUCCGCAUCCCCAUGUUCGGACUGCCAGCCGGUGGGGCUUGGGCCUUACAAGUGGACUCACAGGACGCCGACUUUGAUCUGAUCCUGUAUCCGGUGUACGGCUACGGUGACAUGACAGAUUUCCUGCUGGCGCUGCUGGACCGUUUCAAGUACCAGCACCUGACAAUCUUCCAGGACGACUCGUAUGCCUUUUUCAGCACGGUGGUGGAGCCGUUAAUGAGAAUGAUCCGUUUACGCAAUCGCCGGCUACACGAUAACAUUGUGGUCACGAUUGUCAAGAGUCUGGAGAUGGAUAUAGAACAGUAUGCACCGCUGCUGCGGGCGGCCAGCGAUCGAUCCCGCGUGUUCAUUUUGCUGUGCCAUGCCGACGGGAUUCGCGAGAUCAUGAUCUCAGCGCAUCAGCAUGGUUUUACGAACGGCGAGCAUUUAUACAUUGCCAUUGAAUUGUACGAUCUGCACUACUGGGGCAAAAUUAAUCCAGUGCAGAAGGACGCAUAUGAUACGAUUGCAGCCGACGCGUUUAGCAGUCUGCUGCUUUUGGGCUUUGACGAUGAAAACGAGGAGUAUGAUCACGAGUUUGCGCGGGAAAUUAAGAUGACGGCCAGGAAGAAAUACGGCUAUCUGUUUAAUCCACUGGAGCCGAUUGAUCCGGUUCUGGCGGGGAUGUACGAAUCCAUACUGAUGUACACCAGCACAGUCACGGAGCUGCACACACUGGGCGGCAAUUACACGGAUGGCUAUGACAUUGUCCACAAGAUUUUUAACUCGACGUUCAACAGUUUCCAAGGAAGCCAGUUUUGGAUGGGCGAUGAUGGAGAGCGGGACCGCACGUUCAAUGUGGAGUAUUAUAAUAAAGCGGCUAAACAAUUUGAGAUUUUCCUUCACUAUGAUCAACACACGACGGAGAUUUUCCAUCUGGUACACAAUAUCCGCUGGCCCUCGGCCAACGGCCUACUCCCUCCCGAUGAACCGGUGUGCGGAUACCGUGGCGACAAAUGCAUAUCCACUGGGCCAUCAUCUGGCGUCUUGGCCGCCGUGGUUGUUGUCCCGUUGUUAUUUGUUUUUGGCGUGUCCGCCGUGGCGGCAUUUGUUUUCAUCAAGCUCUGGAAAAUUCGCUCAGCUUAUAAUCCAAACUGGUGGCGCAUUAUGGAUGAGGAGCUGGACAUCAAAAUGGAUCGGACCGGCAGUGAAUCGAGAAAAACAUUGCGAAGUGUGUCAACCGGCGGCACCCAUGUCUCCUCCAUGAUGGUGGACAUUUUAGCCGCUUUUAACGGCACCCUGGUAGAAUUAACCGAUUUAUCUGUUGUAAUGAAAGCGCCCACCAAUGACCUCAUCGAACAACUGAAUCUGAUAAAAAAGGUCGAUCACGCCAACUGCCAACAUGUUAUCGGAAUAUCCCUACGAAGCGACGGGAUUUGCCAUUAUUUGGUCGGUGAACUGUGUCCCAAGGGCUGCUUGACGGAUAUCCUAGAGAGCGAGAUGCUCAAACUGGACUGGUUCUUUAAAAAUUCUUUGAUACGGGACGUCGUACAUGGCAUGACCUACCUGCACACCACCGAAAUUCACUCCCACGGCUUCCUGUCAUCCCAGACGUGCCUGAUCGAUUCGCGGUUCACCUUGAAAGUGGCCGACUAUGGCCUGCCGUUCUCCCGCCGGGAAUCCGAUCUGGCGCCACCGCGACCGGCCAAACAGGUGCAAUCGCUGACGGUAUAUCUUUGGCGCGCACCGGAACUCCUACGACAGACUAUGCCUCCGAAGGGCACACAGAAAGGCGACGUGUACAGUUUCGCAAUAAUCCUCCAGCAGAUCAUUUUACGUAGUGGGCCAUUCGAACUGCCCAGUGAUCCCUUGGAGUUGUCGGAAGCAGAGAUAAUACAAGAGGUCAUAGCGGCUAAUAUCCCUCCUGUGCGGCCACGCGUACCACGUGCGUCCUGUUCCAAUGAACUGUAUGAUCUGAUGGAGCGCUGCUGGGAAGAGAUCCCGGUUGAGCGCCCCACGUUCCCCAAGAUUAAAGAUCAGCUGAAACGAAUCAUUGGCAACGUGGGCGAUAAUAUUGUGGAUCUGCUGCUCAAACGGAUGGAACAGUAUGCCGUGGAUCUAGAGCAAAAGGUGGCCGAUCAAACUCAGCAGUUUAUGGAUGAGAAAAACCGGUCGGAGCAGCUGCUCAGCCAGCUUCUUCCCAAGUCAGUAGCCGCGCAGUUAACAAAGGGGGUCCAAGUGGAUCCUGAAGCGUACGAGAGCGUCAGCAUCUUUUUCAGUGACAUUGUCGGCUUCACGACGAUAGCUGCCCGGGGCACGCCGAUGGCCGUAGUGGAAUUGCUCAAUAAUCUGUACACGUUCUUUGACAGUGUACUGGAGAAAUUUGAUGUCUAUAAAGUCGAGACUAUCGGAGACGCCUACAUGGUAUCAUCUGGUCUUCCUGUGCGCAACGGUAACCGCCAUGCGGCGGAAAUCGCCAGUAUGGCGUUAGCCUUAAUGGCCAGAAUUGUCAGCUUCCAAGUCCCGCACCGGCCGCAGGAGCACAUACAAAUACGAGCCGGCGCAAAUUCCGGGCCGUGUGUGGCGGGGAUUGUGGGGCUAAAAAUGCCACGCUACUGUUUAUUCGGUGAUACCGUGAAUGUGGCGUCGCGAAUGGAAUCUACAGGCGAAGCUAUGAAGAUUCAGAUCACUGAAGAAACAAAAUUCCUCCUGGACGAUAUUGGCGGCUUCUUUAUGAUCGAACGCGGACCCGUAGAAGUGAAAGGAAAGGGUCAACUGAUAACCUUCUGGCUCAUAUCGCAGCACUAAAUCCACAAUUUCUUCUCCAUCGUCGUUCCGCUGCGCUCUGAGUUUUGCAGAACGCCAGAAUAUUAAUGCUUCCUUGGUGA